GAGAACCUGUUUAGAUUGUAUUGUAUCGGCCAUUUGCUUACAUACCAGAAAUUGUCACGAACUUUUGAAAGGAUUACAUUAUUUAGUCUAGAUCUUGGUGUAUUAUUGUCUUUAUUUGAAAGUUUUAAAAUCAUUAACAAAAUAUGGCUUCUAAGCAAGUAAAAAAAACUGUCGUCACAACUACGCAUACCACAUCAUCUGGAGGUGGUGAUGGGGCAAGUUCAAGUGCAAGUUUCACUUCAACAAGCCGUCGUUCAGGCGGAUCAGGAAGACCGCCAUCUCCCGCUAGACUGACUCGUAUUCAAGAGCAAGAAGAGCUUCAAGGUUUGAACGAUCGUUUAGCUGCUUACAUUGAUAAAGUAAGGAGUUUAGAAGCAGAAAAUAAUCGACUUUCUUAUCAAGUAAAGUCAACCGAAGAAGUGGUAAGACGGGAAGUUACAAGUGUGAAAACUCUGUACGAAUCAGAGUUAGCAGAGUUACGAAAAUUAUUGGAUGAAACCGCAAAAGAUAAAGCACGUUUGCAAAUAGAAGUAAACAAAUACAAAGCAGAAUUGGAUGAUUUACUGUCUAAAUAUAAUUUACGAGAUCGCGAUGCCAGUGCACUUGAGAGACGAGUUCAGGUUUUAGAGAGGCAGUUAGCUGAGUUCCAGUCAAGGGAUUUCGAAAAAGAGAACCAGAGAUUAAAAAAUGAAUUGGCUAAAACUGAGACUCAGCUGGCAACUGCUAAGAAGCAAUUAGAAGAUGAAACUUUACUGAGAGUAGACUUAGAAAACAGAGUCAAGACACUGAAGGAAGAUUUACAUUUUAAAAGUCAAGUUUAUGAACAGGAACUUGAAGAAUCUAGAAUCCGCACAUCUACUCAGUUAGAAGAAGUUGAUGGAAGGAUAGAGCAGGAAUAUGAAGCUCGUCUUCAGGAUGCACUUCGUGAAAUACGUGCCCAACAUGAUGGUGAUUUGCAGGCUGUCAAGGCUGAGCUAGAACAGCUAUAUAAUAAUAAGAUUGAAGCCUUACGAUCUCAGGCAGCUAGAAGUAGUGCUUCUUCAACAGCAGCUUGGGAGGAAUUGACUAUUGCACGCAAAACUAUAGAUGAUCUUUCAGCAGAGCUACAGAAACUUAAAUCAGAGCAUGCUGGUUAUGAGUUGCGUAUAGCUGAUCUUGAAAGGCAGCUUGCACGUGAAAGAACUGAUUUUCAAAGUAGACUACAGCAGCGCGAUGAAGAUAUUGUUCGCUUAAGAACCCAGCUUGAGGACCUGGAAAUUGAAUAUGCUGCUUUAUUAGAAAUUAAAAUUAAACUUGAUAGAGAAAUUGAAGCUUACAGAAAAUUACUAGAGUCUGAAGAAACAAGGCUUAAUCUCUCAGCCACUGAAAGAUCUGUAGCUUCUCCAUCUGUUGGGAAGAAAAGACGUCGAGUGGACACUAACAUUGGGGAUGCUGUUGAAGAAUAUACCCAGCGAAGUUCAUCAAGUGGAUUUACUCGAUCAGCUUCUUCUACUUGCGGAAUUGAAAUUUCAGAAGUUGAUACUGAUGGCAAGUUUAUUAAGUUGACAAAUAUCACAGAUAAGGACAUUCCCCUCCACCAGUGGCAAGUGAAACAUACUGCAGGUGAUAAUGAGACUAAACAUAAGUUUGGAAAAAAUAUUUUGAAAGCUGGACAAUCUGUAACACUAUGGAGUGCUGAUGCUGAUCAAACACACAAUCCACCAAGUGACCUAGUUUUGAAAGGGAAAAGAUGGUUUGUCAGCUCAGACAUGACAACAACAAUCAUUGAUCCAGAAGAACAUGAAGUUGCAAGUUGCACUAUGAGCAAGAAAAUUCGAAGUGUUACAUCUAUUAGCCAAAGACGUUCUGGGCCCAGGGACGAAGUUGAUGCUAGAGGCCAGCCACAAGAUAAAGAUAACUGUAUGGUGAUGUAAAGUCCAUGAGUAGCUUUAAAAGUUCCUAGUUCCUGGGAGCAUUCUAAAGACCAUAUCUAGGUGCUAUAGGUAGAAUUUGUUCAAUAAAUUAUGUUUUAUAACAAAAUACCUUUCAAAUUAUCUCUUUGUAAACUUAUGUUAAUCUAGUUUUGUCUAAUUGUCAACAAAUUAAUUAUUAUAAGCUUUUUAGUUACAAUACUAUAAAGGAUGUUAAUAAAAAAAUUUUUUAUUACUUGUAAAACAAACUGUAAAUUAAAUCAGCUAUGAAUACAGCAGCCUGUUAAAUUUAGUUUUUAAUAUCAUUGUGCAUAACCAUUGAUAAACAUCUGUUUAAAUUACAGCACAUUUUUACUCAUGCCAUCCAUAAGUGACAGUUCUUGUUUUACAUGCCCUAGUAAAAAAAAAAAAGCCUAUUUUUGAAUGUUAACACACAUUGUAUUGAAAGUGUACACCUAUUAUUAAUAAUUAGUAACUAAACUUGUUGUAACAUUGGAGAUGUAGCUUUUAAAAAUUGUAUUUGGUUACAAUUAAGUAAAAUUAAUACUACUUUGUAGCAAUUAAAAGUUUCUCACAUUUAGAAUUGGUUGGUUAGCAUAGGAAUUUAGACAUAAAAUUAUAUGAAUAGUCUUAAAGCUUCCAGCAUUUCUUAAUAAUAAGCCCUAUAAUAAACAAUAUAAAUAAAUAAUGCAAAACUUGUAUUCACUGUUAGAUCCAAAAAUGUCACCAAAUUAAAAAUGAAGAAAAUUCCAGUCACUUGUAAUAAGGUUCGUUCUACUCUUUGAAUCCUAACCUGUGUAGUGUGACAACAACAAAUCUGCACAAACUCAAGUGUUGUUCACAUCUCUAUAAUAUUUCAGACUAGAUUAGACAUGUAUAUACAAAACAAAAUUGCAUAAUGUAUGUCUCCUCUGUUCUUUUGUUUAUAUAACAUUUGAGAUUCUUGAACAGCUACUAUGUGUCAUGUUUCAAAUAAAUUGUUAAUGUCCUAACUAGUAAUGAUUAAAAUUGAGUUGUCUAUGGUCUACUUCAACCCUAAUCUCAUACUUUGUCACUCUUAGAAUGUUAGAGAAUUUUUUUUUUUUAAAUGCCAUUGUAUCCAAAUAGAUUUUAAUUAUCUCAUUAAGCACAAUGCUUUUUAGUCUCUAUCAGAUUUUUAUUUGAAGCUCCAUUUUUGUUUUCUUGUAUGUUCUAAUUAAGUAAAAAAAAAAAUAAACUGAUUUGAUUUUAACUUGUCAUUUUAAGUGCCCACACAUACAGUUGUGUUCAUUUUGUUGUCAGAUAAAUACAUAAUUCAAAAAUUGAUUUUUUUUUAUUUAUUAAAAACAAAACAAUGUUAUUUAACUAUUUUAUUCUAACCAUUAUUGUGAUUAUGGACCACCUAUUAAUUUACAAGCUGGCAUAACUGUUUCUUAUCUAUAUUAUGCUAAAUAAUAUGAAGCCAAGGUUAAAAGUAAUUUACCUUUUUAAAUGAUUUUUGACAUUAACUAAUAAGUAUUAAAAUUUUAAAAGUUCAAUGUUUAUCAGAAGUAACACAAAAACCAGUUUUUUUUAAAGGAAGCAUAGACAGGUAUAUUUUUCAUUCCAAUGCUCUGCUUUUCUAUGUCAAAUUGUUUAAUAUUCUAAUUUUAGGCAAUAUUUUUAUACCAUUUUAUUGAAAUUACUUUAAAGUAUACUAGCCUCAUAUAUUUUUUUGACUAUUAUGUUGGCUAUAAUCACAAUUCAUUUUAGUUUUUAACCUUUUUUUUUCUUUUUACAUCUUCUUUUAAGAGUAUAAAUAAACCUAUAGAUUAAUGAAUCUCUUUAAAAUAUAGUUAUAUAUCAUAAUUUUAAUAUAUUAGCUACUGGAAUAUAUUUAGUUUUUAUAGCUAAAACUAUAAAAAUUAAAAAUUGUGAAUGCUUUAUUUCUUAGUGAUUAGAUUAGGUUGUUUCUGGUGGCAUAUUAAAGUUCAAAUGCAUAUCUUUUUUUUUUUUAACCCUAUAUUUUGUUUCUAUUUGUGUUAUUUUGCAUCAUUUGAAUUGAACAUUAUUUAAUGUACUGGUUUAUCUGUCCAAAUGUUGAUCUAAUAACUAGAACAGGGUUGUGUACUUAGUUAUAUGUCAGUGCCUUUUGUCAAAUAAUGGGGUUCAUGAAACAAAUGUGGGUUCAUUUGUCAUGUACAAUGGAAAAGGGGGGGGGGGUAUAGUUUUGUUUUGUUAAGGCUUAGUUGUUUUUUUUUACAGUUUUGAAUUACUUGUUACUGUCAAUUUUGUUUAAGAAAUAAAAGUAGUAAAUCAGUCUAUCCUAUUUUUUUGUCUAACUUAUUAAUUCACAAAAUAAACAUGUUUUUCUCAUUCCUAUACUGAUUUACAUUUUCAUGUUCUGAUACUUGUUCUGUCACGAUCAAAUUAUAUUCCUUGCAAGUCAUGAAACAGUUGUAAGAAAAUAAAUAGUUGUUUCUUGACACCAUUUAAAUGACCAAUUUGAAUGCAUUAGCUAGAUCCUGUUGACCACAUUGUACCCUCCAACUUUUUCUGCUGCUUCUAAUUGCUGGGAGAAAGGUGCUUUAUCUUGCUGUCACAGUUCCAUUGACUUCAUUUCAUUGUUCCAAACUUGUUUUUGUUUCUGCCAAGGAAAAACAAAUCUCAAUUAUUUCUUGGUUCAUUUUUUAACUCUUCAGCGUAUUUACCACAAAAAGAAAAUGUAAAGCCUUUUUGUAUUGAAUUGUGUGAUGUUAGGUGCAAACAUAUGAUACUUUUAUAUUCUGUGCAAAUAGGCAGCAAGUCUCAGUGUCAUCUCAUUGAUUCUUAUAUUUCAUUGUUCUAACCUUUUCAAAGUUGCAAGUAAGUGCUACUUGUAAAUGUCUUCUUUUCAUUAUUUAUACACAUCAGUUUCAUGUAGAGUUCAAUCAAAACGUUUAGGAAGAUAUAAAACAUGAACCUGUUUUUAUUUAGUUUUGAACUAUAUAUAUAUUUGUUUUGAAUACAUUCAUGGUGAAUCCAAUAAAAGCCUCCUUACUUGAGCAACUAUUUGAACAUUUUAUUUGUUGAAUUCAGUUCUCUCUCUUGUCCUCUACUUUGUCCCCUCCCAUCUUCUGUGAUUUCCAUGUACAGACCAUUUCUGCCAUUAUCUCAUAAAAAGUGCAACUCAUGCAAUAGACUUAAGUGUAUUGAUCUGUGUGAAUUCAUAUAUUGAAACUUGUCAUUUGGGUUCUUUGGUCAAGCACUGUUAACUGAAAUUGGUGAAACUAUUUUUUUAAUAGAAAGACUUGAUAUUUUGAUAACCACUGUUUUUUUUUUUUUUUUUAAUAUAUUGUUUUGACUCACAUGUAUUCACAAUUUGACUGUCCAUUUCUCUGCAUUCUAAUUUGAAACACAGUUGCAAGUUAAGUCAAUUGAACUAGGCUACUGUACAAAUGUUUGUCUUAAACUAGUAAGCCUUGUAUGUGUGUGUGAUUUUUUUUUGUAACUUAAACAUAUAGCUGCAUUUUUAUGUCAUUGUAUUUUAAAAAUCUCUUGCAUAUGGGAAUAUUUUCUAUUUUUCCUUUUGCGUUGACUCCUGCUUUGUAUGUAGUCUACAUGUAUCUCAAUAUAGUGGAUUUACCUACACUCUUGUAAUUAGUCAUCAUCUUGUUCUAGUUUGUGUGAACAUCCUUGGUGUGUCCUUGUAAUACAGUACUGGUACUUGUAUAAUUAUUGUAAUACAAUCUUGAUCACUAGUUCAUAGGCAGUCCCGUGUUCAAGGAAAUAAUGACUAAACUGUUGGAUCACAUUGAAGUAGUUUGCAGAAACAUGUUUGUAUUACAUGGAUGUUUGACUUUUAGUUUAAGCAAUAUGCCUUCAUGGUUAUCCAAUCAUCUUUAUCUAUUAUUAAACUCCAUUCAUAUUUUAAACAACAAUCUCACAAUAAAAUAGUGUGUAGCAAAACAAAA